AUGAACGUCACGCGAAAGGGCUUCCGGGAUCUGGAGCUUCAACAAGCUCUCGUUCACGUGAUCGGCCCUUUUGCCGGGGCAUGUACGGAGGCGGUGCGCGUCGUCAGCUUCAUCAGCGACAUCUGCACUGAUCGCACGUGCCCGUGCAUGUCUGCAGGUGAGAAAGUGCACUAUCACUGGGCGGAUGAAACGACCGCGGUUCCGGAGCUCCUGCCCGCGCCGCAGUACAUGCGGCGCCUCGUCGAGUGGGCCGAUGCCAAGCUUCUGGACCAGGACCUCCUUCCGCUGGACGGCUCCCCCAUGCCUCCGGAGCUGCGCCCUGUGCUGUCCCAGAUCCUCAGGCGCCUCUUCCGCGUCUAUGCGCACGC